AAAUGUAGACAUUUAUUUUGAGAAGCAGCAAAUGAUUAUUAGGAAGAAUGAAUGGACAGAAACUAAUUAGCAAAUAAUUUUCUUUAGAGUUAUCUUGUGAAAAAGUCCCUCCAGGCAUGGCUGCAUUUCUGUCUUUCUGAAAUAGGAUACCAGAUCUCAGUGAGGGGAGAAAUGCGAUUGUUUCUUCUACAAAGAGGCUUCUCUAGCCUGGGAAGGAAAUUUCAGAGAGCACCUCCCUGCACUUGGGGAAAGGGCGGGCAACAAGUCAAGGUUAGGGGGACCUGCAUUAUGAGGCAGCUUCUAAAGCUUCUCAGUCUUUGGGGUAUCGCUUUCUGAGCGUCAAGAGUAAAACGUGAUGCAUUACUUUCCUUCCAACUUAGAUUCUAGUAGUUUAGAUCAGUAUCAUCGUUUUUACUUCAAUGUUCAGGAAAUGCUGGAAAUUUCUAGCUAACAUCACAGAAAAAAAACCCCACGAGGUUGACUUCACCUACUCUGCCUAUCCUCGGCAGGUAACCAUGUAUGAACUGACACUCCCAGGCAUAAUCAAAUUACCUCUGUCAAGUCCUCGCCCUAAGACUAUUUUUGGAAACUAGGGAUUUUCCAGAUUACUGAAAGCCUUGUCAGUGUCAAAGGCCGAGCAGGAGUUUUGCAAGCGGAGCUACGAAAGCAGCCGCCCUCGCGGUCAUUCCUGUGCCUCCGCCCUACUUCCUCACACUGGCAAAAACACGCCCCCCGGGGAACUUUCAUCUGGGAACCGAUACAGUCCACUGUCCUGUGUUCUUCAAAUACUGUAAAGCUGGAUAAAUACUGUAAAGCAGCCCUCUCCAGGUUCCUUGAGGGUCAGUUUAUAUUACACAUUCGCCCACACACGACACCAGUCACCACUUUCACCCGCCAAAGCGCGCUCAGGCCGGCCGCCACUUCCCUUGGUACAUGCGGAACACUGGCAGCGCCGAGGUUAAAGGAAGAGGCCGGAACGCAGGGUGAAGGGGCGCAGAGAUGAUAGCCAACGCCGCCAUCUCUAUUUUGGGCAUAAGGGAUCUUGUAAAGCUCCAUUAUUCGUGUGGCUAAGUAUCACAAGGUGGUGUCGACAGGCCUUGGCUAGAGAAGGCCUCCUUAGCCACUGAUGACCCCAAGGUCUGUCGCAGCACCAAACACUCUCCUCGCAGGCACGAAUACCGAGGGCGGAGGCGCGGCCUGAAGGGACUAGUUGGCGCGCGGCGGCCCGGCGUGGUGACGUCAGGGCGGAAGCGCACGCGGCGUGAAGCGGCCCAGAACCCGGCGGUCACGGGAAUAUCCGUCGCGCCGAGAACGCUGGUUAGUCUUGUUUCGGGUUCCGGCUGCGUUGAGCUUGCGUGCAGCUCGCUAAGACUAUGGCGUCCGGGCCUCACUCGACAGCUACUGCUGCCGCCGCCGCCUCGUCUGCCGCCCCAAGCGCGGGCGGCUCCAGCUCCGGGACGACGACCACGACGACGACCACGACGGGAGGGAUCCUGAUCGGCGAUCGCCUGUACUCGGAAGUUUCACUCACCAUCGACCACUCUCUGAUUCCGGAGGAGAGGCUCUCGCCCACCCCAUCCAUGCAGGACGGGCUCGACCUGCCCAGCGAGACAGACUUACGCAUCCUGGGCUGCGAGCUCAUCCAGGCCGCCGGCAUUCUCCUCCGGCUGCCGCAGGUGGCGAUGGCAACGGGGCAGGUGUUGUUUCAUCGUUUUUUCUACUCCAAAUCUUUCGUCAAACACAGUUUCGAGAUUGUUGCUAUGGCUUGUAUUAAUCUUGCAUCAAAAAUCGAAGAAGCACCUAGAAGAAUAAGAGAUGUGAUUAAUGUAUUCCACCACCUACGCCAGUUAAGAGGAAAAAGGACUCCAAGCCCCCUGAUCCUUGAUCAGAACUACAUUAACACCAAAAAUCAAGUUAUCAAAGCAGAGAGGAGGGUGCUAAAGGAGUUGGGAUUUUGUGUUCAUGUCAAGCAUCCUCAUAAGAUCAUUGUUAUGUAUUUACAAGUCUUAGAAUGUGAACGUAAUCAAACCCUGGUUCAAACUGCCUGGAAUUACAUGAAUGACAGUCUUCGAACCAAUGUUUUUGUUCGAUUUCAACCAGAGACUAUAGCAUGUGCUUGCAUCUACCUUGCAGCUAGAGCACUUCAGAUUCCAUUGCCAACUCGUCCCCAUUGGUUUCUUCUUUUUGGUACUACGGAAGAGGAAAUCCAGGAAAUCUGCAUAGAAACGCUUAGGCUUUAUACCAGAAAAAAGCCAAACUAUGAAUUACUGGAAAAAGAAGUAGAAAAAAGAAAAGUAGCCUUACAAGAAGCCAAAUUAAAAGCAAAGGGAUUGAAUCCUGAUGGAACUCCAGCCCUUUCAACCCUCGGUGGAUUUUCUCCAGCCUCCAAGCCAUCAUCGCCAAGAGAAGUAAAAGCUGAAGAGAAAUCACCAAUCUCCAUUAAUGUGAAGACAGUAAAAAAAGAACCUGAGGAUAGACAACAGGCUUCCAAAAGCCCUUACAAUGGUGUAAGAAAAGACAGCAAGAGAAGUAGAAAUAGCAGAAGUGCAAGUCGAUCAAGGUCAAGAACACGAUCACGUUCUAGAUCACAUACUCCAAGAAGACACUAUAAUAAUAGGCGGAGUCGAUCUGGAACAUACAGCUCGAGAUCAAGAAGCAGGUCCCGCAGUCACAGUGAAAGCCCUCGAAGACAUCAUAAUCAUGGUUCUCCUCACCUUAAGGCCAAGCAUACCAGAGAUGAUUUAAAAAGUUCAAACAGACAUGGUCAUAAAAGGAAAAAAUCUCGUUCUCGAUCUCAGAGCAAGUCUCGGGAUCACUCAGAUGCAGCCAAGAAGCACAGGCAUGAAAGGGGACAUCAUAGAGACAGGCGUGAACGAUCUCGCUCCUUUGAGAGGUCCCAUAAAAGCAAGCACCAUGGUGGCAGUCGCUCAGGACAUGGCAGGCACAGGCGCUGAUUUUCUCUUCCUUUGAGCCUGCAUCAGUUCUUGGUUUUGCCUAUCUACAGUGUGAUGUAUGGACUCAAUCAAAACAUUAAACGCAAACUGAUUAGGAUUUGAUUUCUUGAAACCCUCUAGGUCUCUAGAACACUGAGGACAUUUUCUUUUGAAAAGAACUAUGUUAAUUUUUUUGCACAUUAAAAUGCCCUAGCAGUAUCUAAUUAAAAACCAUGGUCAGGUUCAAUUGUACUUUAUUAUAGUUGUGUAUUGUUUAUUGCUAUAAGAACUGGAGCGUGAAUUCUGUAAAAAUGUAUCUUAUUUUUAUACAGAUAAAAUUGCAGACACUGUUCUAUUUAAGUGGUUAUUUGUUUAAAUGAUGGUGAAUACUUUCUUAACACUGGUUUGUCUGCAUGUGUAAAGAUUUUUACAAGGAAAUAAAAUACAAAUCUUGUUUUUUCUAAACUGCUUCCAAUAUCUUAUUUAAAUAAAUUAUUAAAAAGCAAAAUUUUAAUAGCAAAA